AUGCAGUCUUUUAGUCGUGUGAAAAAAGCCAAGUUCGCCAUUCCCGAUGGCGACAACAUCGAGAAAGAAGGACUUGUACCCCAAGAAGCCAACGCUCAUCAUGACCUCGAAUACUAUCAAUUGCAACGAAGCCAUCAAGUGCUCAAACGAUGGAUCAUCGGCCUGGCAUUCCUUUUGGCUGCAGCUCUUGCUACUCUACUCUUCCUUCUGAUCAAGCCAACAUCAACAAGAACUUCACCAGUACCCAACUUUCCCUCCCUCCCAAUCAAAUUCGAACAAGAUGAACGCUUCGCACCCCUCAUAUCACAAGAAUCAGACGAAGCCUGGAGUUCCAUGAUGCCCACAGGCGACGGCUUCAUAGUAAUCGAUAACCCAAGAUCAUUCAAUCUCCCUCCAGGCCAAGAAUCCUCCAGAGGCGAACUAUACGACAUCAGUCUCUUCCAUCAACUCCAUUGCCUGUCCAAAAUUCGCAGUUUCGUAUCCACGAUGAAACAAGCUAUUGGACGAAAUGAUACGCAGGAGAUCAAUGAGAUUAUACUUGAUCCCAUGCAGAACCACAUGGCUCAUUGCUUCGAUUAUCUUCGACAGUCGCUCAUGUGCCAUGGAGAUAUGACGUUGGAGUGGCCUAGGACGGAGCCGGAUGGGAGGCGAUUUGUGGUUGAUGGAUGGCAUAUUGAGCAUCAGUGCAAGAACUGGGAUUCAAUCAUGGAGUACAUGAAGGAGAAGGCUGGCUGA